AUGAGUCUCAGGCCUCUGUCCUCCGUUCGAGACGACCGAUCCGAAGCAGUAGCCUCAGACACUCAAACCGCACGAGACAAUUGUUUUGCCUUCUCGCCAGGCCAAUUAAAUCAGCUCUUCAACCCCAAAUCUCCCCCUGCACUUUAUGCUCUCGGUGGCCUCCACGGCCUUGAGUAUGGCCUGCGCACCGAUCUCAGCGCUGGUCUGUCAGCCAGCGAGAGGAUCCUUCCUGGCGCCGUCACACUAGAAGAGGCGAGACAGGCAGCGCUAUGCAAGACGGAGAGCAAGCGGCCGCUGCUGGCGAACGCAACCCGGCCCCGUCCCGACCAGGAAACCGCAGUGCCAUUCUCCGAUCGAACCCGCGUGUUCGGGCGGAACGUGCUGCCCGACGCGAAGAGGAAAGGCUUUGGAAGGCUUCUCUGGGACGCGUAUAACGAUAAGAUUAUCAUCCUUCUGACCAUCGCGGCGGUCGUCUCGCUGGCGCUUGGGAUAUAUGAAGCUGUUAGCGGGCAGUCGCAGGUGGAUUGGAUCGAGGGCGUGGCGGUCUGCGUCGCUAUUGUGAUUGUUGUUGCUGCCACUGCAGGGAACGACUGGCAGAAGGAGAGGCAGUUUGCGAGACUCAAUAGACUGAAAGCCGAUCGUCAGGUGAGAGUCAUCCGCUCUGGAAGGCCGAUGAUGCUGCAUAUCAAUGACCUGGUCGUGGGCGAUGUCGUCCAUAUUGGGCCGGGGGAUUGUGCCCCUGCCGACGGGGUCGUGAUAACGAACCAUGGGCUGAAAUGCGACGAGUCCAUGGCGACGGGGGAGUCGGAUCAGGUUGAAAAGGUCAGUGCUGGCGCAGCUACUGAUGACCAGGACCCGUUCAUUAUAUCGGGAAGCAAAGUCCUCGAAGGAAUGGGCACAUAUCUGGUAACCAGCGUGGGCCCGCACUCGACGUAUGGCCGGAUAAUGGUGUCUCUAGGAACAGAGAGUGCACCAACGCCACUACAGGUGAAAUUGGGCAAGCUAGCCAACUGGAUAGGUUGGUUUGGACUGGGGGCGGCUCUUCUCCUCUUCUUCGUGCUCCUCUUCCGCUUCUUGGCUCAACUUCCAGAUAACGAUGCGCCGUCCACUGUAAAAGGACAAGAGUUUAUGGAUAUUCUCAUAGUAACAGUAACAGUGAUCGUGGUUGCAAUUCCCGAAGGACUACCCCUGGCUGUGACCCUGGCCCUAGCUUUUGCGACAGCCCGUAUGCUCAAGGAAAACAAUCUCGUGCGCCAGCUACGUGCUUGCGAAACGAUGGGAAACGCCACCGUGAUAUGCUCGGAUAAAACAGGGACUCUGACGCAGAACAGGAUGACGGUGGUGGCGGGCUUCUUGAGUACUAGUGAAUCGUUCGGCCGGCUACCCCUAGAGAACGCAUCUCAGCCGCAGCACGACGCCAUCUCGGGUGUAACGCAGAGGUACCCGGGAGACUUGAAGGCUCUGCUAGUCAAGAGCCUCGUAGUCAACUCGACGGCGUUCGAGGAGCAGCGCGAGAAUGAAAAGGUCUUGGUCGGGAAUAACACCGAAAUUGCGCUCCUUCGAUUUGCACAGACAGCUCUUGAUGUGCGGGAUGUGUCUACGGAGCGAGAAAGAACCGAGAUCGAACAGGUCUAUCCAUUUGACUCGGCUCGGAAGGCGAUGGCGGUCGUGUAUCGUUUGGGAACAGGGCACCGAUUGCUAGUCAAGGGAGCCGCAGAGGUCGUCCUCGGGGCCUGCACUGAAUCGACACUUCCAGGAGUAUCGGACGAAACAUCAUUAGCCAGAGCACAGAUGUCGCGCGAGGACAGGCGGACAAUCCAUGACCAAAUCGAUAUCUUUGCCCGAGCCUCGUUGCGGACGAUCGCAAUUGCAUACCGCGAGCUUCCAGGUUGGAAUUCUGGGCAGGUUGGAGACAACGAGAAGGGUUCACUUGAUUUCGAUGCCUUGUUCAAUAAUAUGACUUGGAUCGGGGCGUUUGGCAUCCACGAUCCGCUAAGGCCCGAAGUCCCCGAAGCCAUUCGGAAGUGCCAUGCGGCGGGCGUCCAGGUCAAGAUGGUUACCGGUGACAACAUCCACACGGCGUUAUCCAUCGCCAUCUCCUGCGGGAUCAAGACGGACGACGGCAUCGCAAUGGAAGGACCCGACCUUAGGAUGUUGACCGAGGCGCAGCUGAAUACGACCAUUCCACGACUCCAAGUCCUGGCUCGCUCUUCGCCCAGUGAUAAACAGCUCCUCGUUGAGCAUCUCAAACGGCUUGGUGAGACGGUGGCCGUGACAGGCGAUGGGACCAACGACGGGCCGGCUCUCAAGGCCGCCGAUGUAGGGUUCUCGAUGGGCCUGAGUGGGACUGAAGUCGCGCGUGAAGCAAGUUCUAUCAUUCUCCUCGACGACAACUUUCGAUCGAUCGUCACGGCCAUUGCCUGGGGCCGGUGUGUCAAUGAUGCUGUGGCCAAGUUUCUGCAGUUUCAAAUCACGGUCAACAUCACCGCCGUCUGUCUGACUGUCGUGACGGCCAUCUACAGCAGCUCCAACGAAAGCGUCUUCAAGGCGGUCCAGUUGCUAUGGCUGAAUCUCAUAAUGGACACCUUUGCCGCUCUUGCGCUAGCAACCGACCCUCCCACCGCGGAUAUCCUACAGCGACCCCCAAGGCCACGAAGCGCGCCUUUGUUCACCGUGACCAUGUGGAAGCUGAUGCUGGGGCAGUCGAUCUACAAGCUCGCCCUCUGUUUCACGCUAUACUUUGCAGGCAACAGGAUCCUCAAAUAUAAUACCGAGGCCCACCAGCAGCAGGCCGAACUCGACACCGUCAUCUUCAACACCUUCGUCUGGAUGCAGAUUUUCAACGAGCUGAACUGUCGUCGACUGGACAACAAGUUCAAUAUCUUCGAGGGCAUCCUGAGAAAUAGAUGGUUCAUGGUGAUCAACGCCUUGAUGGUAGGUGGACAAGUGCUCAUCAUCUUUGUCGGUGGGGCAGCGUUCGGCGUCACCAGGCUGGAUGGACCCCAAUGGGCUACUUGUAUUGGAUGCGCCGCCUUCUGUAUUCCCUGGGCCGCAGUGCUGAAGCUCGUUCCGGAUCGGCAUGUUGCCAGGCUUAUGUCUAUGGUUAGUAUUGGGGUGGGGGUUCUGCUUGCUCCACUUAGACAGAUGUGUCGGGCUCUGGUCCGAACCUUCAAUGGCUUCUUUCAAAGAGUCCACGUUCGGGAUGAUGAAGAAUCGAACGUCUCCCAGUGGUGA